AUGAAGACGUCGGAGCACACGCCCCUGCGCCAGGCGCACGCGUCGACGCGAUCGACGCUUUUGACGUACGAUGAGGCGAUGGCGACGUCCCACGCGCCGACGCCCGACGCGGCACGCGCGCCCGACGACGACGACCCGCUUCGGGACGACGCAACACCCUCGGCGAGCUUCAGGCGAUGGCCGCGACGCAAAGGGUGGUCGCUGGCGUUCGUGGCGCUCGCGGUCGUCAUGCUCGCGGGAGCGACGAUGUACGCGGUGGAGCCGUUCAGCGAGCGGACGUCGUCGCCGGCGCCGGCGCCGGCGACGACGACGACGGCGACGCCGAGCGCCGCGUCGACGGCGUCGACGGCGAACGCGCGCUCGACGGCAACGACGACCUCCAGUACCUCUGGGGGAUCGAGUGAGAGUGUGGUUGGAUGGGAGGACGUUUUAGGUGCGCCCGGGGCGGAGGAACCGACGACGGAGGUGUCGGUUGACGGCGAUCCGCCGUCGGACGAUUCGAGCGCGUCGGCGCCGACGGAGGCGCCGACGGAGGCGUCGACGUCGGAUACUUCGGCGCCGCCGCCCCCGGUAGAGUUAAGUCUGGCGACGCGGCAUGAGUUCACGAUCAGCGCGUUCGCCACGGGCGUGAUUGAGAAGUGCGCGAAGCACGCAACGGCGGCCUCGUGCGCGUUCGCGCGAGAGAAGUACGGUUGCGCGUGGAUCGAUUCGAAUUGCAUCGUCGAUUGCGGGACGUUCACGAGCGAGGUGGGGUGCAGUAAACAGGGUUUGGUGUGCGCGUUCAACGCGGACACAGGUCGGUGCGGCUACCCGGAGUUGAACUGCGCGGCGUACACCACCGUGCAGACGUGCACGCAGCCGGGUUGCGGUUGGUUGGACGGGCAAUGUUACGACGAGCGAAACGCGCAGGCGGCGUGCGCGGCGCACAACACGAGUGCAGCGUGCACGAUGAACGUCACGGGCUCUGUGGGGUGCCUGUGGACCGUUCCGGACACGAUCGAGAUGGGCAGUAAAUCGGUGUACGUCGGUAGCAACACAAGCGUGACGGAUGUCUCGACGCUUCGGGGUCACUGCUUGGUGCGGAACAGGUGCGGUGAGUUUCGAACGGCGGCGGAGUGUGAAACGCAUGCUCCGAUGUGCGCCUUCAACGCCGCCUCAGGUGAGUGCAAUCGCGUUUCACGCGUCGCCGAGAACCACGCGCUGUGCUCGCCGAGAUCGACCGAAUCCGAGUACCAAACGUGCGCCGUCAAUGCGACGACCGGCGAGACAAACUUCUGCAACAUGGUCUUCAACGGUCGCGCCGGGUUUUGCCAGCGGUGCUCGUCGUUUCCCACGAACACGUCGUGCAACGCUCUCCCCUUUGCCAGUAGUCGCCAGCGGUGCGUCGCCAAGUGCCACUCGGCGCCCGCGCCUUCGCCGCCCGAGGUCAUCAUCGGCGCCGACGCCGGCCUCGGCGCGCGCGAUCGCCCGUAA